AUGAGUGAAGAGAAGGAAGAGGCCUCGUUCGGUGUGCUCUCGAUUUAUGAUGAGCCUGAAAAGAGGAGGGACGUGCCAGAGAGCCCUGAUGCUUCCUCCCAGCCGGAGCACCGUGCAUGGUCUCAGCUGGGCGAGGUUUGCGGUCCCCUGGAGCAGCCCCUGGGCUCCCCGAGGCAGCACGGCCCAGCUUAUCAAGAGAUGACCUGUUCGAGUCCCCAGCAGUGGGCCCCCCAGGCCCUAGACGGAUCUGAGCUGCCAGCCACUCAGAUCUCCAAGGCAGAAUCUGAAGAUGCAGCCCCCCCACCAGGAGCGGAGUUUGGUCAGCCUUGUCCUUCGCCUGGUCCCAGUGAAGAAGUCUUGUCAUUCCUCAGAGCAAUUCCUCCCGUUCCAGAUGACGUGGUGGUUAGGCAGAGGGCCCCACAUAAGUCCUGGAAGGUCGGCCGACUCCGCCACGGGAAGAAAGUCUAUGCAGUGGCUGUCAGUGGCUCAACUCACCAUGUGUACACCUGUGGCCAUGGCUACAUCAGAGUGUGGGAUGAGAGUGCCCUGCAUGCCUGGGACCGGGCGCCCCAGGCCCAGCUCAACUUCCAGGACCGUGACAGCUGUGUCUUCACCUGCAAGCUGUUCCCCGAUGAGCGGAGCCUGAUCACGGGGGGUCUGUCCCAGACCCUGACACUUUGGGACUUGGCGCCCACCCCCCGUGUCAGGGCACAACUGGCCUCCACUGGCCCCGUGUGCUAUUCCCUGGCGCUCUCCUCCAAUGCCCAGAUCUGCGUGGCUUGUUUCAAAGGAUUUGUUGAAAUUUGGGAUUUGCAGAACCAAAUCUUGAUCAGGAAGCAUGAAGUCCCCAUAUACGGAUCCCAGUGUGUGGACAUCACGGGCAAUAAGUUCUGGACAGGAGGUGAAGACACCAAACUAUAUUCCUGGGACCUGAGAAGCUACCAGAGGCUGCAGCAACAUGAUUUACGGCAUGAGAUCCUCAGUAUCACCCAUGACCCCAGUGAGGAGUGGUUGUUAGUAGGCUUGAGAAUGAGUGACAUCGUAAUCGUGCACACACACCGGAAGGAAAAGUUUAAGGCUGUCCUACAGAAAUACGUCUACCAUCACAAUCUCAAGUUUGCCUCCUGUGGGAGCUAUUUUAUGGCCACAAUGAAUGAGACGAUCCGCUGCAUAGCUGCACCUUCUCUGCAUAGACUGUUUCAGGUAGAGGAGUCCGCACACAUCCUGUGUUGUGACACUUCUUCUGACAAUCGGUAUCUGGUCACGGGCUCCAAGAAUAGUGCCACGGUUUACCAGCUCUUGUAUUGA